AUGGCGGACAACAAAGAGAACAUGGGUACUGUCACCCACCAGAUGAGCGCAGUGGACGAUGACAUCCGCAAGGGCGGUGAUGUUGUGGAGAAGACUGUUGCUUCGGUAGCUCUUGCUGCUGCUCUUGAGGCCUCGAAACCUAAGCUAUGGUCGAAGAGCAUGAUCCAGCUGUACAUGAUCAUGGGUAUUGGCUACCUUGUCUCGACAAUGAACGGAUUCGACUCGUCUCUCAUGGGAGCUAUCAACGCCAUGAAGCCGUAUCAGAGCACUUUUGGUCUGUCUGGCGAGGGAUCCAGCACUGGUAUCAUCUUCAUCAUCUACAACUUGGGACAGAUUGCAGCUUUCCCCUUCUGCGGUUUCCUUGCUGAUGGGUACGGUCGCCGUAUGUGCAUCUUUGUUGGAUGCGCGCUUGUCUUGGUUGGUACCGCUAUUCAGGCCACUGCGCACAACAUGGGACACUUCAUCGGUGGCCGUUUCCUUCUCGGAUUUGGUGCCUCGAUCGCUUCUGCUGCUGGACCUGCCUACACCGUCGAGUUGGCCCACCCCGCCUACCGAGGCACAAUGGCUGGCAUGUAUAACAACUUCUGGUGGCUGGGCAACAUCCUCGCAGGAUGGACGACAUACGGAACCAAUAAGAACUUCGGCAACUCUUGGGCUUGGAGACUUCCUACUGUUGUACAGUGCUUCAUUCCGGGACUUGUCAUGUUGUGCAUCAUGUUCUUCCCGGAAACGCCUCGCUGGCUGCUCGCUAAAGACAGGCGUGAGGAGGCUAUUGCGAUCAUGGCCAAAUACCACGGCGAUGGUGACGAGAACCACCCCCUUGUCCAGCUUCAGUUGCGCGAAAUCACCGAGGACUUUUCUGUCACACGCAACGACAACCCCUGGUGGGACUUCCGCGAGCUGUACAACACAAAGGCAGCUCGUUACCGAAUGAUCAUGGUUAUCGCUAUGGCUUUCUUCGGUCAAUGGUCUGGCAACAACGUCGUUUCCUACUUCAUGCCCGUCAUGGUCAAGAACGCCGGUAUCACCGACCCUGACAAGCAGCUGCUCAUCAACGCAAUCAACCCCAUCUUCAGUAUGCUUGGCGCUAUUUAUGGAGCCACUCUCCUUGACAAGCUUGGCCGUCGCAAGAUGCUGCUUGGUGGUUUAGCUGGUGCGCUCUUCUUCUACGUUCUGUUGACCGCUUUCACCGCGACCGCAAAGCCCACCAACGAUCUCGCUUACGGCACCAUCGUCUCGAUUUACUGCUUCGGUAUCAUCUUCGCUUGGGGUUGGACACCACUCCAGACUCUGUACGCCGUCGAGUGUCUCGAAAACAGGACGCGCGCGAAAGGCAGUGGAGCCAACUUCCUCUUCCUCAACAUUGCCAUGGUUGUCAACACAUAUGGUAUCUCCGUCGGCAUGGAGAAGAUUGGCUGGAAGCUGUACCUGGUGUAUAUCGGAUGGAUUUGUGUUGAGAUCGCCUUCAUCUACUUCUUCUUCGUCGAGACGGCUGGAAAGACUCUAGAAGAGCUCAAGGAGAUCUUCGAGGCACCCAACCCACGCAAUGCGUCUCUCAAGCGUGCUAAGAUUGAAGUUGCUGGUGGACAGGUUCACAACGUCACUGAGGCUUGA